AUGACUGAAUCAUAUGUUGGAAACAACGUACGAUCCAGUGGUUUUGCUGAAGUUUUCGGUGCUCUCUCAUUGCGAUUCGUGUGCCCAAGUGAUGAUUAUGAUGCACUUCUGGAUAAUAAACGUCAGCAAAUGAAAUCAUUUUUUCAAGAUAUUAUUCUUGAACGUGAAAAGAGAAAUGCCGGGAAAAAUUAUAUAAUAGAAGGCGUCAAAGUUCUUAAUGAAGCAAGGUUCUCCAAUUCCGAUGAAAUUGUUUCCAUUAUAAAUAAACGGCAUCUCCAAAUCGAAAAAGUAAAUAAUGAACCACCACGAACUCCCGAACAUCAAAUAUACCAAUCCCAAAAAAAUCAACGUCGAACGAGAACUGGAAAAAAAGUAGAUGAUUCUUAUGAAUUAGCCUCCAAUUUGUCUGAAGACGAUUACAACAAAGAUAAUGAAGAAAAUAAAAAGGAACACCGACAGAUGAUUGAGCAGACAUUUAAUGGUAUGAAAAAGGAGAAAAUGUGGAGACUUUCAACUGGAAAAUAUGUCGAGGAAGAAUUAUUCGAAUUGGGGAAGAAGUUAAGAUUUGAGCAUGCCGUUCAUUCCUUUAUUUUGGAUGUCGAUGACGGGAUAAUCCGCCUGCAUUUCAGCAAGGCAGAACUAGAUGAAAUUGAUUGUGCCCCUGGCCCACAGGUACCCAAGCUCUCAGAAGAAAUCACUGGAUUUCUAAACAAAUUCGCUGGCAAGACGAGCUUGAAGGAGAUUCGAAAGCUCAUAAAGGAAAUGAUGUUUGACGAUAAUUAUGAUCAUGAAAAAGAUCGUGAUAAGGAUUACAUAAUAUAUGCUUUAUAUUCAUUAGUGAGAGAAAUUCAAAGCGGAAGCUUGAAAGACGCAAAUCUUGAAGCUUGGUUUAAUUGCCACGUGUGGAACGCGGUCUUCGAUCAAGCCUUUGGAGAUGUAAAUGCGAUAUCCGUCGUCAGAGGGGAAAGUACAAGCUUGGCAUCGGCAUCACGAAAAAAUAUAAAAAGACUGUCAGGAGAACGGCGGAAAAUGGGUUGCAGGAUUGAUUGGAUCUUGAGAUCUAUUAGUAAUGGCGAUAGAGAUGAGUUCGGAGCUGGGGAAGCCGGAAAAAGUUGGGUGGAUAAAAAUGUAACGAAGUUUCUCAAGGAGACGGGAUUAAAGCUACCUAAGACACUUAAGGAUAUGUUAGUAAAAUUGAUAGAGAAGGCAGUUUGGGAUGAAGAAAGUCGUGCAAAAAUUCAAACGGUUGGAAUAAUUCACGCUGGCUACAUCUGUAGGGUGCAACGUGGUGAAAUAAUGGAAGUUCCGGAUAAGACAGAAAAUUUUCCUUGCAUCCUCACAAUUCUCGCAUCUGUUCUGAUCAUAAAGGCCGUGGUUCAAGAGAUAAUAAAGACGGUUCAAGCAAAAAAACAAACAGUCAAAUCAUUUAAAAGGGCCGGGUUUCGAAAACGAUCUCUAGACAAAAAUGAGGACCGAAUAUCUCCGUGUUUAUCAACUCCGAAGAAGGCUAAAGUAUGUGCAGAAGCAUAUACCGAGAAAUCAUAUCCAUCAUCCCCGUCUGGAAACCAAGCCCAAGACUUAUCGCAAUUUCAUGAAAUUACAUCCAGAGAUAUGGAGUCACAACCGCAAGUUAAUCAUAAUACAAAAAUCGCUUUCUCUAUAGAGAAAGACUAUCAAAGUCAUGUGAUUUCAGAAAAUUCGGAAAGCCUUGAGGAAACCGUGACAAAUUUGUCACGAUCAGACCAUGAUGACGAAAUUGACAUGGUUGACACAAGUCAAAUCAUAGAACAAGGUCUAAUUCAAGAAUUGGCCCAGAAUCAAUACGAAGUAGAUGGCCAAAGUAAUUCCACAUCCUCGGAUGAUGAAAUUAAUAAACCUU